AUGGGCUCUGUGUCAAACCAGCAGUUUGCAGGUGGCUGCGCCAAGGCGCCGGAGGAGGCGCCGGAGGACGCGGCCCGAGCAGCCGAGGAGCCGCAGCUGCUCCACGGUGCCGGCAUCUGUAAAUGGUUCAACGUGCGCAUGGGGUUCGGCUUCCUGUCCAUGACCGCCCGCGCCGGGGUCGCGCUCGACCCCCCAGUGGACGUCUUUGUGCACCAGAGUAAGCUGCACAUGGAGGGCUUCCGGAGCCUGAAGGAGGGUGAGGCUGUGGAGUUCACCUUUAAGAAGUCUGCUAAGGGCUUGGAAUCUAUCCGAGUCACUGGCCCUGGUGGGGUGUUCUGCAUUGGGAGCGAGAGACGGCCCAAGGGGAAGAAUAUGCAGAAACGCAGAUCCAAGGGAGACAGGUGCUACAACUGUGGAGGUCUAGACCAUCAUGCCAAGGAAUGCAAACUGCCACCCCAGCCCAAGAAGUGCCACUUCUGCCAGAGCAUCAACCAUAUGGUGGCUGCGUGUCCACUGAAGGCCCAGCAAGCUCCCAGCUCACAGGGAAAGCCAGCCUACUUUCGGGAAGAAGAAGAAGAGAUCCAUAGCCCUGCCAUGCUCCCAGAGGCUCAGAAUUGA